GACAAUCAGCUGCGAUUUACUUUAAAUGCAUGCAGUUUAUUGUGUUUAUUCACUGUAAUAAAGAUUAUUAGUAGAACGGGUCAAAAAAAGGCAAAAGGACGGGAAAAAGGGAAAGUGACGUGCUGCGCUCCGGUUAGCUAGUUUUCAUGUUGGACGGUAAGAGGGGAGCCGCAAAGAGCGGAAAAUGUUAAAAUGUCCGCACAGUAUGUGCGUUAAACCGGCUACAGACACGAGGACGUUACUCAGUAGUCUUUUAUUCAUCCCGGAUACUCCUGCAUAACUUCAGCAGCCAUGAUGGAUGCUCUGAUGCUGGUGGAGAGACGUGAUGUCAGCCAGGAUUCACCUUCAGGGAGGGCAGGAGGGGCUGGACAGUGGGAGUGCGAUGCAGAGCUGCUCCUUACUGAACCUGAUCCUGCAGAGCACUGAGGGCGUCCUGUCCAGCUUCAGGACCACCUGGCAGGAGUUUGUGGAGGACGAUGACUUUUGGAGGGUCGUGCUGCUGAUGGUGGUCAUCGCCCUCCUCUUCCUGGGCAUCGCCUACUACGUCAGCAGAGUCCUGCCUUUCUCAGGGUGGAGAGGAGGCAGGAAAAUGAAUGAAGAUCUUUAUGUAGAACAAAAACUCUGGUAUUUAUUUGUUGUGCAAAUCUGAUCAUUUUAUUUGAACAACAUCAUGUGAUGCUGCCAGUGCAAAGAAGAGAGGACGAUGACUCAGAGACACCAACAGCUUCAUGUGUGGCCUAACACCUUUACAACCACGCACUGAUAAACUCAUUUCCUCUUCCUCACACUUGUUAUGUCAUCCCUGUUGCUCUGUUACAAGCUGUAUAUUACUGAUGUUUUGUAUCUUUUCAUUGUUUUCUCCUCACUUGUUAUUUAUUCAAAUGUCUUUGGUAUGAAUUUUUCCCUCGCUGUCUUUAUUUCACACAAAUACCUGCAGCCUUUCUGACUGGAAACAGUUUUGUCACGAUAACAGAGCCGACUGCAGAGAAACACCUGGACUGAGUUUAGAUGAAGCGUCAGGUUUAACUGUGGGAUUAUAGCAGCAGAUUAAUGCUUCUUACUUUGUUGUAUAUUCAUUUUAUCUUAAUGUGCUUUUGUUAAAGGUUUUCAGUGUUUAUUCCAUCAAACAUUUGAAGUCAUUUAAUGUGCAAAAUGAAUAAAUUCAUGACUGUAAUCUGCA